AUGUCAUCGACUCUCAUCGAGCAAACUCGCAUCAAUCACGAGGAGAUUGAAAGAUUAGAGCGAUUGAUCGUGAAAGAUCUACAAACAAAUCCGCCGUCGAUCAAGAAGACAUUGGCACAAGGCCACCGUAUCCGUAACAUGAUCGAAUCUAUCAUCCUCACCACUAAAAAACUCAAUGAAACCUAUGAAGACAAAGACGGAUCGAGAGAAGAUGAGAUAUCAGCGCUUGGUGGCAGCCGAACAAAAGUGUUUGAAGCCUUAGAAGGUCGUGUGAAAGAGAUAGUUGAAUAUCAUAGAAACCAUCCUUCUGGACCACAUCUUGUUGAGGAUUACGAAGCACGCCUUAAGGAGGAACCAGCUAUUGCGUUCCGUGGAGAGGAAGGCAGCUCUGGUUUGUACUUGGACUUGCAUGAGAUGUAUAACCAAUACAUCAACUCCAAAUUCGGUGAAAAGGUUGAGUAUUCUGCAUACCUUAAUGUUUUUUCUCAACUAGAUAAGAUUCAGUUUAACCUAAAACUUUCCUUGCAAUACAAGAAGUAUAUUGAAGCUCUGCUAGGUUACUUGAUCAACUUUUUCCAGCGGACCGAGCCUUUGCAAGAUCUUGAAAGAAUACUUUGUAAGGUUGAGACUGAUUUUGAAGAGCAAUAUGCAGGUGGAAAAGGAGAGAUCUACGCUCUCAUAGAUCUUGAUUACUACAAGACAGUGGAGGAACUGAUAGCUGUCGGACCUGAGAGGCUAAAGGAGGCUCUAGGGGCAUUAGGUCUGAAAGUUGGUGGUACUGUGAGGCAGCGAGCAGAGAGACUUUUCUUGACAAAGCAUACGUCUUUGGAGAAGCUUGACAAGAAACAUUUCACCAAACAGGAGCCUGAAACUGCUAAAGAGAUUGCACUAACAGAGGCCAAAGUGAAGAAACUCUGCGUUCUACUUGAAGAGACAAUCGAAAGGACGAAACAGUACGUUGUCAAGAAACAGUCAUGGACGUAUGAAGAGAUGGAGGAAGAACGCCGCAUGGAUGCGGAGUCAGAGAGUCUUGUUAACGACGAGGAGGAGGUGGAGGAGGAGGAUGGUCAGAUUAACAAUCCGUUGAAGCUGCCAUUGGGUUGGGACGGGAAGCCUAUACCUUUCUGGCUCUACAACCUUCAUGGACUUGGCCAUGAGUUUAAAUGUGAGAUAUGUGGAGACCAUGUGUAUAAGGGAAGAAGGGCUUUCGAGAUGCACUUUAAAGAAGGGAAACACCAAAGUGGAAUGCGUAGCUUAGGGAUCCCAAACACAAAGCACUUCAACGAGAUCACUUUGAUUGAGGAAGCUAAAGAGUUGUGGAGGAAGAUACAGGAGAGGCAAGGAGAGAACAAGUGGAAGCCAGAAGUUGAAGAAGAGUUUGAAGAUCAAGAAGGUAACGUGUACAACAAGAAGACUUACUCUGAUCUCAAACGCCAAGGUCUCAUCUGA